CGCCAGUCUACAUAUCCCGAGUGCCGGUGCCGAAUGUUAACCGAGCCGUUACGAAUGAUUUAUGACCUGCUCGUCCCGAGGAGCCAGAACUUCAAGGUUUUUUUUUUGACGACAUCCAAAUUAAGGGUCGUUUUUGAGCUUGAGAGGCUGCUACACACAGCGGGUGACUUGACAAUCGACAACUGCUUGAAGAAAGUUUUCCAAGAUGAAUAGUUUGUCGGUCGAACUCAAGCCCGUCAACCUCAACUCGUACUUUUCAUCAACGUCCCCAAGUAUUCACCGGAAGAAGAUUGAUGAAGUGUUGUUGAUCUCAAGCCGAUUGAGGGCGGAGCUAGUCUCACCAAGCCAGACGAAGACGGGCUUGAUUGUCUCAUUGACCAAUGGCCAUGGUGAUAGUCAUCGCCGAUCGAUCAUACUCUCGACUCAGACCGAGUUGUUCGGACAAGUUGAGCCGCAACUUGAACUGGAACUCGAAAACCUUGGCCGUUGGAUCGAUCAGGAGGAAGAAGCAUGUUCUCCUUCCUCAGCCGCCCGCUUCCUGGUCUACUCGAGUCACGCACUUUUCGGCCAAAUCCAAUCCACCCUCCAACUCGACCCCACUCACCAUCCGCAACACCUCCUGCACCUCUCUCCGGCCCAAGCCAUCCCACUCUCAGCCGUCCUACUCGAGCUUAUCGAUCCAACCCCAGACUCAUUCUCGAUCGAGUCCCCCGAAUUUCAAGCCGAACUCAAGUCUCAGCUCAGUCUGUUACCUCGGAUCAUCCGCCAAUCCGAACUCCUCCAAGUCUAUCUCCCAUCCUUCCCCAAACCAGGUCUUACUCAUGAUAAUGACAAUGAUAACCAUCCUACUACUGUUCUGCACACCCAUCAACACCCUCAACCAAUCUGCAGACUUUCGUUCAACGUCUUGCUCACCGAACCCGUCCUUCAAGGCGUCUUCUUGCCCACUCAGACCUUACUCACCAUCGUCGCCAAGGCUGACCCAUCAGCUCAGAAUCCUCUCACUCCCACAUCGACUACCGCUAACAUCAAUAUCAAUGGAACGGCUGCCGAGACUAUCAAUAUUGAUCCUGUCAGUCUCCUGAACCAUCAUCCAGUUAUCGACGCUUUGGAAAGUUUUGAACUCGUACAGGAGGAAGAGGAUCUCGAGAUCGAUCUAGAUUUCUUAGCCCAUUCGGUUCUUAAUCAGCCCUUGGUCGAUCUAUCGAGCUACCCACAAUCAACUUCAUCACUGGGGCAUCCUUGUCAUGGUCUGCCAUUGCUUGAGUCUCCCCAUCAGCCCGAUACCCAUUCACUUGGUCUGCAUCCGAACGAGGAUGACGGAUUUCACUGCUUUGCCCGGAUGGUGGAUCUGAUGAAGAUCGGCGUCCAGAGUGGCGAUUGGCUCCUGUUGACCAAGUCCUGCACAGCAGAUCAUGGCGAUCAACCCAUUUCAAGCUCAGACCCUCAUCAGCACCGACUAGUAAGGAUCAUCGGUUGUGAUGAUGACCAUCCUGCCAUCCUCAAUUUCCGCCAACACCAUCCUCAGUUCGACUCUCAGCCAAGUCGGCAGGCUCCAGCGCUGAUACUAGUCCCACCGGUCUUGCUACUUAAUCUGCUCGGCACGAUCUCUUACUCGGCAGCCGUUCGGUCACUCGAUCUUAACCGUCCGGCGCCACUCAGCGCACUCGCUGCGAGUCUGCCCUCCCAUCUCAGUCAUUCAGCUCUACCAACGAUCCGAUCACUCACUCUUGCCAGACUGGCAUCGCCCCAAGCACUCACCAAAUCUUAUCAGCCAUCCUUCUUGCGCGCCCUCAAGAAAUAUUUUGAGCAGAAAGCUAGGGUUCUUCUUGACGGUGACGUCAUCGCCAUUGCCAUUGACGGGGAUUCGGCCAGGUUUACUGAGUCCCACCCUUCACAAUCAGAGCCAUCGGCAGAUGAGCUAGACCCUGACCAUUUCUUACCAUCAUCAUUAGUUUCAUAUCCAACCUUACCAAUUUACUUCAAAGUAACCAACCUCGAAUUAUCAUACCCUACGUUGGAUCAAGCUCAGCCUAACUUCGAUCAUGGUCAUCAAGAUUCCGCCCAUGGCUCUUCAGCUGUUAAUCAAACCAACCAAACAAAUCCCCUGUUGCCGAUACGCGAGUUGAUGGAGGAUGGCGUGUUAGGGGGGAUCGUUGACCCUAAAAUCACCAAAUUGGUUCAAACUGGCCUGGAAUUCGGAUUCGUACCUGAUGCAAAAAAUUGGCUGGGAAUUGACAGCUCAACGCCAUUGUUUUAUUCGCCUCAUAGUGCAACUAACUCUCAAUCACCCGAGAGAAUGUUGUAUGAAUAUCUUUUAGCAGCCGCCAGAGUGGAAUCAAGAAACUAUGAUUUGAAUUUGACGGUCUUAAUCAGCGGGCCUCGCGGUUGCGGCAAAUCAACACUAACCAAACGAGCCGUAGACGCAACCGGUUUCAAUUUCUUAGAGCUCAAUUGUUUUGACUUACUAGGGGAGACUGAAGUUAAGACGGCGGGUACUCUCAGAGCGAGAUUCGAAAGAGCACUCCAAGCGAUACCUUGUGUGCUAUUACUGCGGCAUCUGGAUGGUUUAGCAAGAAAAUCUCAAAGCUUGGAAACUGGUCAACAACCUGGCAUCAUCGCGAUAUUGAAGGAAUGUUUCAAUGAAGCUCGGCGCAACUGGACCAGCCAAUCUACCGUCAAAUUCCCGUUGAUAAUUGUUGGCACAACUACCGAUCCGGAUUUACUGCCUUUGAGUAUGUUGGCUCUGUUCAAGACUCAAUUGGCAAUCGAGGCCCCAUCAGAGGCUGAGCGGCUAGAAAUCAUGAAGGAGCUUUUACGGAAGGACUCAUUAGCACCUGACGUCAGUCUCAAAUCUAUUGCCCUCGAAACUGCUGGUCUCGUCGCGAACGAUUUGGUCCAUCUGGUAACUCAAGCCCGAAUGGCUGCAGUCACUCGCGCGCGUAAACAUGCAACCGGAAUUGAGCAACUAGCUAUUGCAGGUAUUCAGCUGAUGGCGAAAGACAUCGAAAAAGCUCUCGGGAAGGCGCGUUCAGAAUACUCCGAGAGUAUUGGUGCACCCCGGAUCCCCAAAGUCAGUUGGGAUGAUAUCGGAGGUCUUGCAAAAGUACGAGAAGAGAUUCUGGAAACAGUUCAGUUGCCAAUUCAGCACCCCGAACUAUUCGCGAACGGUCUCAAACGUCGAUCUGGUCUACUACUCUAUGGACCCCCCGGAACAGGCAAGACGUUGCUUGCAAAGGCGGUGGCCACGUCGUGUGGACUUAAUUUUUUUAGCGUCAAGGGACCUGAGCUGUUGAAUAUGUACAUCGGUGAAUCAGAGGCGAAUGUCAGACGAGUGUUUGAAAGGGCUAGAGGGGCUAGACCAUGCGUAAUAUUCUUUGAUGAACUUGAUAGUGUCGCACCGAAACGAGGGAAUCAAGGCGAUAGCGGAGGAGUGAUGGAUAGAAUAGUCAGUCAGCUAUUGGCCGAAUUAGAUGGUAUCUCCUCUGGAAGUUCAAGUAACGACAAUCAACAAGAAGGGGCCACAAAUGGUAGUGGUAACGGGGAAGUUGUUGUUAUAGGAGCAACCAAUAGACCAGACCUAUUAGAUCCGGCCUUAUUAAGACCGGGCCGAUUCGACAAACUGAUAUACUUAGGAAUACCGACUUCAAGAGAUCAAAAGUUAGAAAUCUUGAAAUCGUUAACUAGAAAGUUCAAUCUUUCGAGUUCGUUUGAUUUUGAUUGGUUGAUUGAUCAAGUCGACCGGAUCGGAUCUCAAAAAGGGAGCGGAAACAUCUUCACUGGAGCUGAUUUUUACUCGAUCUGUUCCGAAGCUUUAAUGGCUAGUUUGAUCCGCAAGAUCGAACGGUUAGAGGCUAUGAAAUCAAAACGAUCUUUGAAGACGGACGACUCAGACGAUCUUGAUAGACCUAAUGAUGAUGAACAUGAUGAAGACCUGGAAGGCUCGAUCACUGAGGUGGACAAAGAGGACUUCAUGGUCGCUCUGAAGCAAGUCAAACCUUCCAUCAGCGCCAGUGAAUUGGCUCACUAUCGGAUCAUUCAGGAUCAAUUUAGUGAUUCUACGCGUCAAAACUUGAACCAAGCUCCUCGUGUAAAGAGCAAUGGAUACCAUACUAAUGAUGUUGAUAAUCAACAAACCAUUCAAUUCGAUUUUUCUCCUUCAAAAAAUAAAGGCAAAUCUAAAGAAAUUAAUUAAUUAAUUGUUUUCUUUCUUUCUAUUCUUAUUUUUCCUUAGUGCGCAUUACUUUGAGCUCAUCUAUUGUCAGUAAAUUAUCAUCCAUCAUAUUCUUAAUAUGUAUACAUAUUCACAAUCAAAGCUUAGUUAAAGAAAGUCUGGUGUGUAUCGAUCAUCAUUUUGUUUUUUCUGUCUAUACAUUACAAUUCGGCUGACUCAACCAGUGAAGAGUUUUUAUGUCUGGCCAGCUAGGCUGUGCCAAUUAAUGGUUUCCACUAGUAAAGAUGAGUUGUACAAGAUACUUUACAGACUUGACAUGUUUAGAAACAAAGGGAAAAAAAUGUAUGACCUGCGUGCGACAAAGUCACGCUUAGGAAUGCAAUUUACCCAUGUACCAUACAUAAACUCAAUCCCAUUUGCUUGAGGCGGCACUGGGGCAAAAGCUGUGCAAGUUUACAACAAUCAAAGCCCGCUGCUUGCUCCAACCAU